CGCAACGACAACGGUUCACAUUCCGGCGUUUCCGUUCCAAAACGCACUUCUCGUCUAUAUUUAGUAGUAGUAGAGCGUUAGUUCAGUUAAUCACGCUCCUCGAAUUUAAUUCAUACGAGUGCCCGGGGUGAAUGCAAUUUUAAGAUGUUUUCGAAACGCUGCUGCAAAAUGUUGCAACUGUUGCUGUUGCUGCUGCUGUCAAUGUGCCACUGGAGCAGCGCCAAAUUGCCGUCCAGCAUAACACCCUGCGCACGUGACGAUCCGCAGCUGGAGCGUUGCAUUAUAAAUGCCGUCUACCAGGUGAGACCGCUGCUGGUGCAUGGCGACUUGGGAGAUGGCUAUCGAACACCGCCGCUGGAGCCGCUGCAGCUGGACAACAUUGAGCUGGGAAGCAGCAGUCAGUUCCAGGCCGUAUUCAUGGAUCUGUACGCCCGCGGAGGCAGCAACUUUACCAUCGAUCGUAUUAUCGCCCAGCCAGAGGAUAUCUCGUAUGAUCUGUGGAUAACUUUGCCACGCAUUGUAUUCAGCGGAAAGUAUUUUAUGCGUCUUAAUCUGCUGCUGCUAGAUAUUCAGGGCAAGGGCACAAUGCGUGGAUACUGUGAGAGCGCCAAGGCAGCCGUUAAGAUGCGUGGCACUCGCUACUUGCGCAAUGGAUUGGAGUACGUCAAGUUCACCAAGAUGACUAUGCGCAUCCAGUUCAAGGACUUUAAGUUGCAGCUGGAUAAUCUAUUCAAUGGCAAUGGAGUUCUGGGUGAAGCGGGCAAUGCGCUAAUCAAUGACAAUCAGGAUCUCUAUUUGAAUGAGAUUGUGCCAGGCCUGGAGCGUGGACUCUCAAAGAAGUUUCUGGAUGUUGCCAACGAGAUUUUGGCCACAGCCACAUUUGAUGAAAUGUUUCCGCCUAGCCGCACUAUCGUUAAUCCCAUUUCCUUUCCAAAUCAUGCAUCCGGCUCUGGCUCUGGCUCUGGCACAGUGGGUCCCAACAUAUUUGAAACACCACUCGCCUCUCGUAAUCCCACUGGCGGCAUCUUGGAUCAAUUGCCACCUAGAAGCAGCAGUCAUAGCCAUAACCAGAGGCCCAAACAACCAGUGAACAAUCCAGCGGGCGGCAUUUUUGGCGAGUCGUUGCCAGGGGGAGGCAUCAUUGACCCCAGGCUAAACUUGGGCAGUUAAGAUGUAAACACAUUGUUUUUGAAUUUAUUGAGGUCUCUGCUUAAUGUCAUUUUCUAUGUAAUUUCACAACAAAAUUAUGCGGCAUUCUUUUUCGCGCAGGAGGAAGUGAAAAUCCUUUUGAAUUAAAAGAAAAUGGAAGCUAAAACAGACUUGCAAUAAAAUUAUUG